AGAACUGAUUCUAGAAAAAUGGCUCUAAGCUUUGUCCAGAAACGUUUCAUGUCCAGCGGAUUACAAAAAUGGGCAUACAAUUUGGCUGGUUUCAACAGGUAUGGUCUCUGGAGAGACGAUCUUCUCCAUGAAGAUUCUGAUGUUGCAGAAGCCCUUAAACGUGUACCACAGAAAACAAUUGAUGAAAGAAACUACCGCAUACUUAGGGCCACCCAACUUUCCCUUUCUCAUAGUAUUUUACCCAAAGAACAGUGGACAAAACUGGAAGAUGAUAAACUAUACCUGACUCCAUUGGUCAACCAAGUGAUUAAAGAAAGAAAAGAACGUGAAGAAUGGAACAAAAAUUAUUAAAUAUUUAGUGAACUGUAGUAAUUUGUACAAUAUUUAUGUAAGUUAUGUGUUAAAUAAAAUUUAAUCCUG